UUAUGACCGAGAUUAAACGAAAUCAAGUUUACCAGGAAUAUAUUAAUGAACAGUUGGAAUCCUGCAGAUUGCUUAAAAACUUCGUUUGAUUUUAACAUCCCAAGCUCUUCGUAGGCUUUUGUGCUUUUAUUCUGGCAUCCCUCGUUUUGUCUUGAAAGAUUCUUAUUUUACGCUUCUUUUAAAACUUUCUUUUAACAUCCACACUUUGUUUAGUGACAGUUGACAAUCAUUCUAAUUUAGUGAGAAUCUCACUCUGAAAUUUCGCUCGUUUAUGUAUUUAAAUUUGUUCUACUUUCCUUCUUUAAUUCAUCUAUUUUAAUUUAAUGCUUCCUCGACCUUUUUCCUUUAUUGUGUCUUUCUUUACUUUCUUGCUAUGUUUUAGCAAAGCUUCUUUUGUUUUCGGACUCGAUGCUUCCAAAACUGGAACCAUAAUUACCUCGAGCACUUUGCCUACUAGCUCAACAACCUAUAGGGCUUUGCCGACACCUUCUGUUGCUACUCUUGGAAUUCCACAACAGCCUUCAGUUAAUGAGCCUUAUCGUGGUAGUACCUGUCCUGGUUAUCGUGCUUUAAAUGUCUCAGAAUCAGCAAAUGGGUUAAUUGCUGCUCUCGAACUUCGUGGAUCUCCUUGCUAUUCUUAUGGCAAAGAUUACUCCCACUUACUAUUAAAUGUCUCUUAUGACACAGUAGACCGUAUCCACGUUUCUAUUUCUGAUAUUGAAGGUAAACAAUUCCGCUUUACUAACCAUUCCGACGUUUGGGAUGCUCCUCUCUACCAUGAUUUGACGUAUCCUUCAAACCGCUCUUACACCUUCUUUUAUAAUUCAGAUCCCUUUGAGUUCUGGGUAGUCAGAAAUACAGAUAACGAACUUUUAUUUGACACUCGUGGUCAUCAUCUCAUUUUCCAAGACCAAUAUGUAGAGCUGACCACAAAUAUGGUUGAUGAUUACAACCUAUAUGGGCUCGCAGAGACAGUCCAUGGCCUUCGACUUGGUAAUAAUAUAACUAGGACCUUUUGGGCGAAUGGUGAUAAUGCUCCUCUUGAUGGGAAUAGUUAUGGUACUCAUCCAUUUUAUUUGGAGCAAAGAUACCGCCCUGCAGCUAAUGAUUCUCCAGUUAAUCAAACCGGAUACCAUUCUUCUUCUCACGGCGUGCUCAUGCUUACCGCAAAUGGCAUGGAAGUCUUACUACGUCCAAAUUAUUUACAAUACCGUAUGAUUGGGGGAGUGAUCGAUCUGUAUAUUUACGUUGGAGGUUCAGAUGAUCCUAAAAAAACCGUUUCUCAAUUUGUAAAGUCUAUCGGAACACCGUCCAUGCAGCAGUAUUGGACCCUUGGAUUCCAUAUCAGCAGGUGGGGAUAUUCUAACGUCUCUGACAUUUUAGAUGUGCGUAAAAGCUUUUCCGAUUUUGAAAUACCUGUCGAUACAUUUUGGAAUGAUCUCGAUUACAUGUAUAUGUACAGGGAUUUUACAGUUGAUCCGAUUUCUUAUUCCAAAGAUAAUAUGUUGGAGUUUUUUAAAGAAAUCGAGUCCACUCACCAACACUAUGUUCCUCUCAUUGAUGCCGCAGUGUAUGCUGCUAAUCCUAAUAAUAGAAGUGAUGAUUCCUAUUACCCAUAUUAUAACGGAAUUGAGAAUGACGUCUUUAUAAAAAACCCCGACGGGUCAAUUUAUGUAGGAAAUGUUUGGCCCGGAUAUACGGUAUUCCCCGAUUUUACUAAUCCAGCAAGUAGCGAAUACUGGAAAGAUUGCCUAGUUAAUCUCACUCACGAUUUUGGAGCUAAUUCUAGUGGGUUUCCUACGUUUACUGGCUUAUGGAUUGAUAUGAAUGAGCCGACUUCUUUUUGUGUUGGAUCAUGUGGUUCAGCUCACUUGGAUGAAAAUCCUGUGCACGUCGCCUUCGUUUUAGAGGGUGAAACCAAUAACGUUGUCUAUUCAUAUCCAGAAGGCUUUAAUAUUACAAAUGCUACUGAAUAUUCAUCCGUAUAUAUGUCUUCUCUUUCUCAAUUUCAUGCUACUGCUACCUCAACUUUAGAAAAAGUUAAAGCAACACCUACACCUUUGAGUGUUAAGCCGGAUUAUAAUGUUAAUAAUCCACCUUAUGCGCUAGAUAUUGAACAGGGUAAUGGCGACCUAGCUGACGAAGGAGUUAGUGCAAAUGCAACUUAUUAUAACGGUACUUUAAGAUAUAAUCUUUUCAAUAUAUAUGGAUAUGGAAUGGCAAAAGCAACCUACAACGCGUUGACUUCUAUAUACGAGAAUAAACGGCCUUUUGUUUUAAGUCGAUCGACAUUUUUGUCGUCCGGAAAAUAUGCCGCUCAUUGGUUAGGCGACAAUUAUUCUCAGUGGUCAAACAUGUUCUUUUCUAUUCCGGGUAUGCUCACAUUCAACUUGGUUGGCCUUCCAAUGGUUGGAGCUGACGCCUGCGGUUUUAUGGGCAAUACAGAUGAGGAAUUAUGUUCUCGAUGGAUGGCUAUGGCAGCAUUUUCUCCAUUCUAUAGAAAUCACAAUAGCCUCGGUUCUAUUUCUCAAGAACCAUAUAGAUGGGGAUCUGUUGCUGAAUCUUCCAGGAGGGCGAUGAGCAUUCGUUAUUCUCUUCUACCUUACUGGUACACUUUGAUGAAAGAUGCUCAUACUGAGGGGUUCCCAAUGAUUCGGCCACUCUUUUUUGAAUUUCCCAAUGAACAAAAUUUAGCCGGGGUUGAUAGACAAUUUAUGGUAGGUGAUGCACUUUUGAUUACACCAGUACUUGAGCCAAACGUUAGUCACGUCCAAGGUGUUUUCCCUGGAAAUACUAGUACUAAGUGGUAUGAUUGGUACAAUCAUACAGUCAUUGAUCGACAGUAUGGCGAAAAUGUUACACUAUAUGCUCCCUUAGAGCAUAUUAAUGUCGCGAUUCGAGGUGGAAAGAUUGUUCCCCUCCAAAAGCCCGCACUUAACACAUUUGAAACACGUCAAAACCCGUUUAAUCUUUUGGUGGCCCUCGAUGAUAAUGAAUACUCGGAAGGAACGAUGUACGUUGAUGAUGGCGAGUCUAUCACGCAAAACAGUACUUUGACAAUCAAAUUACUUUGUAAAUCAAAUCAAUUGUCUAUUAAUUCGGUAGGAGAUUAUCAUCUUCAGCCUCCCUUGGCUAACGUUACGGUACUGGGUUUAUCCCAGGCACCUAGUAGAGUACUGAUGCAGAACACUGAAAUUCACACUUUUACCUAUCUAAAUGCUACUAAGGAGCUUAUUAUCAGCAACCUAGAAAAUAAUACCAUGAAUGGUGCUUUUUCGUCGAACUGGACAAUUUCAUGGUGAUUUGUGUGACUAUAAAUAAUUCCGGAGAUUACUCAGUUUCAAGCUGUCGUCAUUGCAACAGCCCAAAACUUUUCCAUUGUCAGAAAUAAACUUAUAUACUUUGGGUAUUUUUAGGAGUUAGUUUACGAAUGUUGGCAUUAGCUUAUGAUAGUAAUAAAUGCACUGGUAUAUAUAAAAACUACGUGCAUAAUAUGUAAGUAUUAGGCCGUGUGGUUUAGAUGGUUAUAAUUUCUGCUUAACAUCUAAGAGUUCGCAGACGGUCCCAAGUUCGAGUCUUGGCACGGUCAUAUUUUUUGCUACUCACUGAGUACUUGCGUAUUUAAUGCACGAACGAACUAAAGAUCCUCAGUUGAUUGAACUAUACCAGAGGAACCUGUAUAUACGCUUACAGGAAGUAACACGAAAGGCAUUUUCUAUUUUGGUUUACUUUUUUACACAUUCAAUACCGUUAGCUAUUAUCAUGAGCUAAGACCAGUGAUAUCUCUAAGCAUCCC